AUGGCCGAUACAGUCGAGGAAACCAAACAGUCCGUCGCCGGAGAGGGACAAGCCAACGCCAACGCCUCGCUAGGCGGCAAAGGCAACGCAGAGUCAACGAGAAAGAAGCAAGUCGCCAACGGGCCCGCCGCCGGUGACGAGUCCGACCCGGACCUCCAGCCCCAGCCCCAGAAGGAGGUUUCCAGGCGUCGCCAGUCGAGGGGUCGCGGGAGGAGAAACGUUCAGGAGUCGGACACCGAGUCGCUGACCCGUUCGGAUGUCUCGACUGCUGGCGGCCGUCGCAAUCGCCAGCGUCGCAGGCAGAGGGGCCAAGGAGCCCUAGGCGACAUCAACGAGACGCUUCCCGGCGGCGAGCUGGUCCAAAACACGGCAGGGCAAGCCGUCAACCGCGUGGGCGACACGGUCGGCCAGGUCGGGAACACGGCCGGACAGGCACUUGGAGGCUUGACGGGAGGGCAGCAGAAGGAGGACGACGACUCGGAGAACAAGGAGCAGUUGCGCCUGAGGCUGGAGCUCAAUCUGGACAUUGAGGUCCAGCUCAAGGCUAAGAUUCACGGCGACCUCACGUUGGGAUUGCUGUAA